UGCCACUGUUCGUAAAUAUUAGUAUAAAACAAAUCGAAACCAUUUGUUCGAAAAGCUGUUAUUGUAGUUACCAUUCCUUUUUCUUUUUUCUUUCCCACUGCUUUGCUUUCUGCUUCUUCCUUUUCCUCGUUUCGAUUCUUGCCUUUUCUUUUCUCUUCUGAUGGAUCUUGGUUUCGUCUCCAAUACAAAGUUCUGAACUGGGAUUCGCGAUUCUUGAAUACAAGAAUAAUGAGUGGAAUGUUAAGAUAUUGGUUGCAAAUUCUGGCAUUUUUGCUUCUUGUGCUGACAACUGAAAGCUUAUUUGCAAAUAUUACUUAUCUUCAGAGUGCUGUGGCAAAAGGGGCAGUUUGUCUGGAUGGGAGUCCUCCUGCAUAUCACUUCGACCGGGGAUUCGGCACCGGAAUUAACAGUUGGUUGAUUCAGCUUGAGGGUGGGGGGUGGUGCAAUAAUGCGACGACUUGCCUUGCUCGUAGGAACACCCGGUUAGGUUCCUCCAAGCUGAUGAUUAAAAGCCUCGCUUUUUCGGGGAUUUUGAACAACAGAGCGAGGUUCAAUCCUGAUUUCUAUAAUUGGAAUCGAGUGAAAAUUGGAUACUGCGAUGGCUCUUCAUUUACUGGCGACGUUGAGGCAGUAGAUCCUCGAACGAGACUUUAUUACCGGGGGGCGAGAAUUUUUCUUGCCGUCGUGGAGGACUUGUUGGCGAAAGGAAUGAAGAAUGCUGAGAAUGCGAUUCUGUCCGGAUGCUCGGCUGGUGGGCUAGCGGCAAUUCUUCAUUGUGACGGCUUCAAAGCACUCCUUCCUAUGGGUGCAAAAGUGAAGUGCUUUUCAGAUGGCGGCUAUUUUAUCAACGCGAAGGAUGUUUCUGGAGCGCCGCGUAUAGAAGAUUACUUCGACGAUAUUGUCACAACUCAUGGAUCGGCGAAGAAUUUGCCCAUAUCGUGUACCUCAAGGAUGAAGCCGAGUCUGUGUUUUUUCCCGCAAUAUGUUGUGAAAGAUGUCCGGAUGCCCCUUUUCAUCAUAAACGCUGCCUACGAUUCAUGGCAGAUAAAGAACGUUUUGGCUCCUACUCGAUCUGAUCCGACCGGAGUAUGGAACUACUGCAAAAACGAUAUCCACAAAUGCUCGGCGAACCAGCUCCAAAUCAUGCAAGGAUUUCGAUUAGAAUUCAUUCGAGCAUUGACGGGAUUAGGCCCUUCGACGUCGAGGGGAUACUUCAUUAAUUCUUGCUAUGCACACUGCCAAACUGAAAUGCAGGAAACUUGGUUCGCCAUUGAUUCUCCUAAGCUAAACAAUAAGACAAUUGCAGUAGCAGUUGGAGACUGGUUUUACGACAGGAGUUCAUUUCAGAGGGGAGACUGUCCGUACCCUUGCGAUAAAACCUGCCACAACCGUGUCUUCGAGCCACACGGCCGUGUUGAUACCCUUACAUACACUUAGUAUAUAUAUAUAUAUAUAUACACACAUAUAGAAAAUAA